AUGGCUUCAGUUAGUGCUGAUAAACUACGUCAUGAAAUUCAGAUCAUUCUCAAAGAUGCAGAUUUCAACACUUUAUCAUCAAAAAAGGUUCGACAAAUGCUUGAAGGUAUUUUUCAAUGCGAUUUUACCGAACGAAAGAAAGAAAUCGAUGAUAUUCUCAUGUCGGAAAUCACAACACGUGAUAUAACACCAAUACUCACAUCUACUUCAUGUCAAAUAGUCGAUAAUCAAUCUCAGAAACCAUUAGAUCAACAAACUACAGUAGAAACUCCUCAACAAGAGAAUUGUUCAACAACUUCCAAUUCACGAAAAAGACAAACGACGCCUUCGUUGAAAAUCGAACGACGAAAAACUUGUUACAACAAAGAAUUGGACAUUAGUGAUCAAUUAGCUUGUAUUGUCAAUGGACAUCGGAUGCCGCGAUCGGAAGUAGUCAAACGUAUGUGGGUUUACAUAAAAGAACAUAAAUUAUUGGAUCCUGUUAAUAAACAAUACAUCAAUUGUGAUGAAACAUUAUCAAAAAUUUUCGGUCGAAGACGUGUCCGAGCAUUUGGAAUGUUGAAAGAUCUUGCGCGACAUAUGAGUGAUCCAGAUAAACAAUAA